CCUCGCCCCCAGGUCCUUAAGGCGGGGAUGUGGGCAGGCGCCCCUUGAGUCGCUGGAAGGGAAGCUCUGCGCCCCGGCUCUCUCGUCGCCAUGGCCCUGCUCCGAGGUGUCUUCAUCGUUGCUGCUAAGCGAACGCCCUUUGGAGCUUACGGAGGUCUUCUGAAAGACUUCACGGCUACUGACUUGACGGAAUUUGCUGCCAAGGCUGCUUUGUCUGCGGGCAAGGUCUCACCUGAGACCAUUGAUAGUGUCAUUGUAGGCAAUGUCAUACAGAGUUCUUCAGAUGCUGCAUACCUGGCCAGGCAUGUUGGUUUGCGUGUGGGAGUCCCAAAAGAGACCCCAGCUCUCACUGUUAACAGACUCUGUGGCUCUGGUUUCCAGUCCAUUGUGAGUGGAUGUCAGGAAAUUUGUAUGAAGGAUGCUGAAGUUGUCUUGUGUGGAGGAAGCGAAAGCAUGAGCCAGGCUCCCUACUCUGUCAGAAACAUGCGUUUUGGAACCAAGUUUGGAUCAGAUCUCAAGCUGGAAGAUACUUUGUGGGCAGGAUUAACAGAUCAGCAUAUCCAACUCCCCAUGGGAAUUACUGCCGAGAAUCUUGCUGCGAAACAUAAUAUAAGCAGAGAAGACUGUGACAAGUACGCCCUGCAGUCCCAGCAGAGGUGGAAAGCCGCUAAUGAUGCUGGCUACUUUAAUAAUGAGAUGGCACCAAUCGAGGUGAAAACUAAGAAGGGGAAACAGAUGAUGCAGGUAGAUGAACAUGCUCGGCCCCAAACAACGCUGGAGCAGUUGAAUAAACUUCCCCCUGUCUUCAAGAAGGAAGGAACCGUUACUGCAGGGAAUGCGUCGGGGGUCUCCGAUGGUGCUGGAGCUGUUAUCAUAGCUAGCGAAGAUGCCGUUAAAAAACAUAACUUCACACCACUCGCAAGAAUUGUGGGCUAUUUUGCGUCUGGAUGUGAUCCAUCUAUCAUGGGUAUUGGUCCUGUCCCUGCUAUCAAUGGGGUACUGAAGAAAACAGGACAGAGUCUUAAGGACAUGGAUUUGGUAGAGGUGAAUGAAGCGUUUGCUCCUCAGUACUUAGCAGUUCAGAAGACUUUGGAUCUUGACCCAAGUAAAACCAAUGUGAAUGGUGGAGCCAUUGCUUUGGGUCACCCACUGGGAGGAUCUGGAACGAGAAUUAUGGCACACCUCGUUCACGAAUUAAGGCGUCGGGGUGGAAAAUACGCGGUGGGAUCGGCUUGCAUCGGAGGCGGCCAGGGCAUCGCCGUCGUGAUCGAGCGCACGGCCUGAGGGGCCCGGAGCCCGCCGAGGCCCCUCCCGCUUCCCUGGCCGGGGCCACAGGGAGCAGCUGCAGGACCCUACAUGCCCUCCACUGAAAGUGACAGAGCUUAUUAAGGGGAUAGUGAGGCAGAGACACGUCCCUCGUGCGUAAGGCCCAGGCCAGAAUAAAGAGGUUCUCUCAGAUCCGCACCAGAUGGGAUCUACCUCUGAGCAAAAAUCCAACCACAGAGGCCUUAAAAGAAUUUGUGUAAUGCCAGAUAAUCACUACUUAUGCCUUAGAUAGUACGAUUGCAAGAAAAUUGAAUAAAUGCUGCUUUAACUUCA